CCACGCCGGCGUCCCCGUCCCAGGUGGGCGCGCGGACCGGCCAGGUGCGGCUAUUUUCGGGACCACCGCGGUCAUGUUUUUCUUCUCCCUAGUUUCCGGAUUCUUUCAGCUCCCCAUCUGUGCUAUUCUUCGUGACACCAUUUCUCGCCAUAUUUAAACUGAUGUAAACAUGUUUCUCGUCCUGUUCUGUUCUGGCCUCCGCAGCGUGCGGACGUGCCUCUGUCCUGUCGUAGCCGUCGCACCGUUCGUUGGACACCGCAAUAUAGAAAUACCUCUUCAGUGCUGUGUCGGGAAGUGUGGAAACAACGAGACACAGUGAGCCUCAGUGAGCGGGCGGAGUUAGAAUCGGGCGUGUGCGGCGCGUGCGCAGCUCUUCAUUCUACACAAGUUAUCUUACCUUCACUCCUCUACCUUUCCUGGUCUGCUGAAUUGUGGGCCUCCUUGUCGCUUGAAUUGUGACUUCUAUCUCUCACCUGUGUCACGCUGAAUUGCCGUGGCUCCUGGCUGCUGAAUUGUGGCCAUCCUUCAUAUCCGAUCGAUCUGCCUAAAACCCUUCGCCUACUUGUGUUGAAUAGGGUGUGCACGAGUUUCAUUUCACCCAAAUGCCGUGGACCCGCUGGUCUGAUUAGAAAGGAGUGUCUACAGUCCGCUCCGCCAGAGGAGAGUCGGGCGCCGCGCGGAGCGGUGUCCCGUCGAGCACAGGCCGGCGCGUGGCCGCGACAUUUACUGGUCCUCCGGGCCGGAUCCAUCCGGCAACAUGUCAGCAACAGGAGAAACAGAACAGCCUCCCUCAGCAGACCUGGAAGAGAGCGUCCCAAGAGAGAAGCGUCAUGAAGCGGUGAGCGAGGAGUUGAAGGUGCUGCGCCGGAAAAGGGGACAGAAGUUGGCAGCCUUUUCCCGCGCGUGCCACAGAGCAGAAUUACUCAUCGCCGUUCGUGGGAGUCGCUCAACCUUAGAAGGAUUGUUCGAGACAGUCGAUGUGGCAUUGGAAGGCGUCAUCACAGCGAAUGAUGCACUGGAAGCCUGCCUGUCGUCUGAAGCAGAUAAGGCUGAUGCAGAGGAGUACUGUGCCAAGGCAGAACGUGAUAGAGAAGAUAUCGUCGAAAGAAUCACCCAGCAUCUAGCAGAGCGCAGAGAUGAGCCGCCAUCAGACGCCGGCUCUGUCGUUUCUGUCGCUCAGAAGAGCCAGACGAGUGCCGUCUCAAGAGCAUCUCAAGUCGAAGCAGAGGUUGCGUUUAAGAUUAAAGCACUACGCCUACAGCAGCUUAAGCGUAGGCAAGAAGAACAGCGACUGCAAGAAAGUCAAGAAGAGGAGAAACAGCGCCGCAGGGAGGAAGAACAGCGCCGUAGGCAACAAGAGGAAGAGCGCCGCAGGCAAGAAGAGCAGCGCCAAGAGAGGGAAGCCGAGAGACGAAGACAGCUUCAAGAUGCUGAAGAUGAAGCUGAAGCAGCCCAGUUCGAAGCUAAUCUACGUAAGGAGCUCAACGGUGACCUUCAAGACGAAAGGAGGAACGAUUUCGAAGAUGAGCUGUUUGCAACAGAAGAAGCCGGAAUCAGAAGUCAUCAGCGAGAAGUACAGCUGUCGUGUGAUAGGUCGGCUACAGCACCAAGCCAUGAAAUGGAGGAACGUCGUGAAGAGCCGGUCAAAGGUUCAGGAUCUCACCAAAUGAGGCAAAACACGUCAUGGAUAGGAGAGCUACGCAGUCCGCUCGGCCAGUCAGGUCGCGACAACCUGAUGACCCAGUGGCAAAGCCUGAUGCAGGCAACGAUGGAGCAGACGCAGCAGCACCGGGGGCGGCAGAUGUCCUCGACCCAGAUCCGGCGCUACAGGUGA